AAUAAUAAUAUUAAUAUUAAUAUUAGCGCCCGACAUGGCGGCCAGUUUGAAACUCGCGAUGUUUUUCAUCGCUUUUAUCGCUGGGUCUUGGAGUAGAGAAGAGGUCAUGGCGUUUGUGCUCCGAGAGUAAUUUGAAUUUAGCUCAUGUAGAGCACGUCGAUUUCAACAUUUAUUUGCUUCACUCGUUGUACGUUUGUGUAUUCUAAAUGCCGGGGAGACCAAAAAAGAAAAAAACAACAUACGAUGGAGAUUGAAGGUGCAGUUGGCAGAGACGAUGAAGAUGAAGUCGUCACAAUGGCGGCGGUAAAGAACUUGUUCUCCGCACAAGAAUCUAUGCUACGGUCGUUAUUCGAAUCUGAAGUGAGCAAGCUUAGUGAAAGGGUCGAUACUCUGGCAAGCACUGUCAGCGAUCUGAAGACUAGUGUUGAAUAUUCUCAAAAGGAGAUGCUUGAUCUGAAACCGAUCACGGCGAAGAUCAAGGCGAAACUUCAAGAGGCCGGGGUUGAGAUUAGUCGAGUACAAAACUCGCUCGAGUACCUGGAAAACCAAUCACGCAGGAACAACAUCAGGGUAUCUGGUAUUCCAGAGUCUCCUGAAAGUUGGGAUGACGUCGAGGCCAAGGUCAAGGAGAAUAUCAAGCAAGCGUUGGAUCGAAAUCGAGAGGGCGCAAGAGUUGAGAGGCGCCCCGGGCCGAGAAGAAGGGAUGGAGGACGUGAUGCUAGUCGAGAUCAGCCAAGGACGAUUGUCUGCAAGCUUUACGACUGGAAACAGCGCGAGGCAGUUCUUAGAGGUGCAAGGAAAACCAAGCCAAAGGGUUUAUACAUAGUAGCUGAAGAUUUGGCCCUAGCGACACUGAAAAAGCGGGAAGGCCAAAUCGACAAGAUGAAAGAAGCUAGAAGUGCUGAUGAAAAAGAGCGGGAAAACAAGUUUUCCAGAACACCAAGCACAAAGACAGGCAGCCACUUGCUCCGACACAAAGAAAACGGUGAAGAGCCACCGAGGAAGCGAAGUCGCAUAGGCAAGGACAUCAAGGAAGGAAAGGAAAAUUACCACAGAGACGACCCUCAAAUAAACGUGUGCCUGAAUUAUCUUAAAAUUGGUGUUGAGACUGAGAAAGACUCGCCCGUGAGGGAAUUGGUGCGAAGAUACAUACGGUGCUCCUCUCGUAUGACCAUAGGACACGUCAAGAAGUACCUCAAGCUGAAAUUAAACCUAAGUGCAACAGAUCAGGUGGAGGUGAUGUGUAACGGUGAGAUCAUGGGAAAGGACCACACACUCGAGUUCGUCUACAUGACAAGAUGGCGGGUUAAGGCAAAGGAUCAUUCCAUCCUCACUCUUCAAUAUCGGCCAAAGCUAGACUUCUCUUAAAUGGAUACAAGUUCCCAAGGAAUUCCAAGAAUUACUGCUGUUGUCUCGCCUGUCACAAACUCUAGAACGCGAAAUGGAGGCACAAUUACGCGUAUUUUAACCGCGCGCAUAUUUAAAUCCACAAUUACGCGUAUUUUAACCGCGCGCAUAUUUAAAUCCAAUCAGCAUUUUGUUAUUUUUUCUUACUCGUCAAAACAGUAACAUUCGCGCACCUAGUGGCAACCGAACACAGACGAUAAACAGACCUAUGGCAUUUGUAUAUUGCAUAGCAAAUCGUUAAAAGUUUCAGAUUUUAUUUUUGAUAACCAAAUGUUGUCACUAAAUGGUACCACCUGUUGAAAAUUCCAUUUAAUGGUCCUAGUGUAUCGUCGUUGCGUUGUUCUUAAACGUAGGAAACAAAGUUUCCAAAUAUCAAAUACAAACCACCACCAAAUGAUACGAUAUUGUACAUAUUAGAAUUCUAGCAAAGUGUUUAUUGUAUAUAUGUUGUAAAUAUCAGAGUAUAAAUAAAGGAGUUUUUAACAA